AUGUCUAAGAAAGGUAUUGAUUGGGUGAGUACUUUGAAAAAGUUUGUUGAUUCCAAACAAUAGAGAACUGCAUAAGAAAUAGAUGAUGAAACCGAUCAAUUGUUUCUUGAUUAUAUCGAAUAGGCAAGAAAGAAAGAAUAAGAAGAAGAUCCAAGUUACAAGAAGAUACCUAAGUUUUUCUAAAAGGCCUCAGUUACAAAUGAAAAUCAAUUGAGUUUCAGAGUUAGACAAGAAGCAAGAACAAGGUUUUUGAAUCAUAAAACUGGAGAAAUUUUAGAUAAAGAGGAUUUAGAGAAAUUAUGGACAGAACUUAAAAAUAAUAUAUCACCACCAGAUGAUAAGAAGGAAAGAAUUAAUUAUAAUUCAUUUUUAACUAUUGCUUCAUUACUACCUAUUAAAUGCAGACAUUUUUUUAGUGCAUCUACUUUUUUAAAAUUUGACAGAGAUGAAUAUGGAAGGAUAGACAUUGUUGCAUUCUUUCAUUCAAUAGUUAGGAAAGUCAACCUAUUUCAAACUAGAAUAUAAAUAAGCUUGUAUGAUUCCAUUGGAAAUGGAUAUUUACGAGAAAAAGACCUUGAGAAUUAUAUCUUUGAAUUAAUUCCUACAUUUCCUUAGUUAGAGAAAUUAGAUUAAAACUUUUAUCCCUUUUAUGUGAUCACAGCAGUCAGAAAGUUCUUCUUCUUUUUGGAUUCUAAAAGAACAGGUAGAAUAUACAUUAAGGACAUGUUAACAUCCCCGAUCUUGGCUGAACUAUAUGAAUUGAGACAGGAGAAGUUGACCCUAGAGGAAUUAGGUCAGAAUUGGUUUUCUAAGCAAUCUGCCUUAAAAGUCUAUGAGAGAUAUUUGAAAUUGGAUAAUGAUCACAAUGGUUUAUUGUCAAAAUAAGAACUGUCCAAGUAUUCGUGGGGAUUAACAGAUAUAUUCAUUGAUAGAGUAUUCGAAGAAUAUCAAACAUUCGAAGGAGAGAUGGAUUAUAAAACAUUCUUAGAUUUUGUACUUGCUAUGGAAAAUAAAAAGAGUUAAUAAGCAAUAUAGUACUUCUGGAGGAUCUUAAAUGUUUAUCAUAAACCAGCUAUUGAUUCUUUUGUCAUCAACAUGUUUUUCAGGCCUAUUAUUUAGAAAUUGGAGCAUAAAGUAGAUGAUAAAUUUGGUUUUAAUGUUGAAGAUGUUAAGGAUGAAAUAUUCGAUAUGGCUAAACCAGCCAUUUCAACUGCUAUCACAUUGACUGAUUUAUAGAAUUGUGGAUAAGGAGACAUCAUAAUUAGUAUGUUGAUAGAUGCUAAAGCAUUUUAUGAAUACGAUCAAAGAGAAAGUGGUUAAUUACUUGAAGUUGAUGACUAUGAAGAAUUUUGA